GUUUUUUCCACGUAGUGACCACGACCUGCCUACUGCAUCAGUGUAACCGAGAUCGUUGCAGACGACGCGUCUGACAUUUACGUAACAAGUUUCAUUUCAUUUAAUAAGGCUAAAUCAAUUUUAAUCUAAUCGUCGUGAAAAUAUUUAACAAAAUGAUCUCUGCGAUUUGUGCAAGAUCAGCUCUACGAGCACGGUCCAUUGAGCGCUGCAUGUCCAGCGUCGUCGAGCUGCCGAAGUUCCAAGAUUUUGAAGUACAGAACGAGCCGGUGCUGGAUUACCGCGCCGGAAGUAGCGAACGAAACGAAUUAGUUAUCGAGUUGAAGCGCACCGUCGCCGUAACCGAGGAAGUACCCAUCGUAAUCGGCGACGAGAACAUUAAAGAGGGGGAGCCGCGGUACCAGGUGAUGCCGCACGAUCAUGCUCGCAAAAUAGCGAAAUAUUAUUACGCCAGUGAGAAAACUAUUCAGAAAGCAAUUCAAGUAUCGAGCGAGGCACAAAAGCGAUGGGAUCGUACGCCGUUAGAGAAGCGCCUAAAGAUUUGGCAGAAUGCUGCCGACAUGAUGGCCGGAGCGCACCGCCAGCGCCUGAACGCCGCCACCAUGCUGGGUCAGUCAAAGUCAGUAAUUCAAGCUGAGAUAGAUUCGGCUGCUGAACUUAUUGAUUUCUUCCGCUUUAAUGUAUUCUUUUUAAAAGAAAAUGCAAAAUAUCAGCCUAUUUCUGAGAACCCCUCAGUCACAAGAAAUUCGCUCAGGUUCAGGGGGUUAGAUGGAUUUAUAGCUGCAAUUAGUCCCUUUAAUUUUACCGCAAUCGGAGGUAAUUUAGCUUAUACACCAGCACUCAUGGGUAAUGGUGUUGUGUGGAAACCAUCAGACACAGCUCUGCUAUCAAACUGGCGCAUCUUUAACAUCAUGAGAGAGGCGGGCCUCCCAGCGGGUAUAGUUAACUUUGUGCCGGCUGAUGGGCCUACAUUUGGCCGUACUAUUACUAAAUCACCUCAGCUGGCCGGUGUUAAUUUCACUGGAUCUGUACCCACAUUCAAUUGGAUAUGGCAUGAGGUUGGUAAAAAUUUAAAUCUUUACAAAAAUUAUCCAAGACUUAUUGGAGAGUGUGGAGGCAAAAACUACCACUUCAUACACCCAUCAGCGGAUGUGCAAUCGGUUGUGACAGCAACAAUAAGGUCAGCAUUUGAAUUUUGUGGACAAAAGUGCUCAGCAUGCUCUAGAAUGUAUGUACCCAGGUCUCUUGCUGAACCUAUUAAGCAAGGACUACUAGAGGAACGUGCCAAACUAAAAAUUGGUGACCCGACUGAUUUCAAAGUGUUCACUGCUGCAGUUAUUGAUGACAAAGCAUUCAACAGGAUUACUGGAUACAUUAAAAAUGCUAAAAACAAUCCUAAAAAUAAAAUAUUGGGAGGUGGUGAAUUUGAUGGAAGCAAGGGAUACUUUGUUCAACCAACUAUUAUUGAAACUGAGGAUCCUCACGAUAAACUUAUGACGGAGGAGAUAUUUGGUCCUGUGCUAACUAUGUAUGUGUAUGAAGACAAAGACCUCAACAAGGCUUUAUCACUUGUAGGCUCCUCAACUAAGUUUGCCUUAACCGGUGCAGUGUUUGCUUCAGACAAGAAGUUCUUACAAACUGCACUUGAGGAAUUGAAAAUGACUGCUGGAAACUUCUAUAUAAAUGACAAGUCAACAGGAUCUGUAGUAGGACAACAACCAUUUGGUGGCGGUCGCAUGUCUGGUACUAAUGAUAAAGCCGGUGGUCCCAACUAUGUCAUGCGCUGGACCACUCCCCAAUCUAUUAAGGAGACUUUUGUACCUCUUCGAGACAUUGACUACCCCUACAUGAGAGAAUAAAGGAAGAGAGGAAAAUUUUAUGCUCACAACUUAAGACCUUAUUCAAAUUAUCAGUACAAUAAUUAAUUAUCGGCUAGCAUCAUGCUUAAGUAGAGUAAAAUUAAAUGUUCUGAUGUAGAAUUUAUUGUAGUAAGCAACUAAAUUACUGGUAAAUAUUAUUAGGAUCAAUAUGUCAUCAUAAUUAUUGUAGAGAUCUUAAUUUAAUCGAGUCGAAUGUGGUAUUUCAUUCAUAUCAUACUUAAAUUGUAUUAAUAAACUGUAUUAUUAUUGUAUAAGUAAAAAAUGUUACUAUUAAGUUUUUAAUGAAAAUGUUAUAAAUACCUUUCUUUGAUGUUUCAUCAGGCUGAUUAUAGUUUAGAUACGAUCCUUUGUAUAUUUGAAUAAAGUAUAAUUAUUAUCGUAA